UCCAAAAUUCAACCAUGGCCACUUCUUUAUUUCCUCUGUCUUCUUCAUUUCUUCAACCUCUGAGACUCAAAACCCUAGCUAAACCCAGGACCCCUGUCUUAUCCUCAACCACAAGACAAAUUAUAACAACAUGCGAUUCCCAGAAGAGCACUGGGAAGUCAAACCCCAGCAGUAGAAACCCUAAUUUCCAGAAACGGCGUAAAUCCUCCUCCAAGUAUGGAACUUCCAGAAGGUCGAUCCUCAAGAAAUCGUUCUUACAAGAACAGGUUACCUUCACCGCGAGGGUCUCUGAUGACCCCCACGUGGCGAUUAUCGGCGGCGGAAUGGCUGGUUUGGUCUGCGCACUGAACCUGGAAGCUCGUGGCGUCCAGUCCACUGUUUUCGAUACGGGGAUACAUGGUUUAGGAGGAAGACUUGGAACAAGGAUUGUUGAACCACAUGGACUAAUUUUCGAUCACGCUGCUCAAUUCUUCACUGCAAAUGAUUCUCGGUUUAUUCAAUUGGUUAAUGGUUGGUUAGAGAAAGGACUUGCUCGAGAGUGGAAAGGUGUUGUGGGAGAGCUUGAAGUCGGAGGUAGCUUCUCACAGUUUCCUUCAUCAUCACCUCCAAGAUAUAUUGCUGCUAAUGGCAUGCGAUCUCUUGCUGAUUCUUUGCUAUUAGAUAGUCAAUUGGUAAAUCUGGUGAGGCCUUGUUGGAUUAGUAAGUUAGAACCCCUUAAUGGGAUGUGGCAUUUAAGUGAAAAUGGAACACCUCGUGGUCAGUUUGAUGUCAUAGUCAUUGCUCACAAUGGUAAAUGUGCGAAUCGCUUGCUUUCUGCAUCAGGCUUGCCCCUUGUUGCAAAACAGAUGAAGAAACUGGAUCUGAGUUCCAUAUGGGCGCUAUUAGCAGCUUUUGAUGAUCCUCUUCCGACAGUGAACUUCGAGGGAGCAUUUGUAAAAGGAGUAGAAUCAUUGUCUUGGAUGGGAAAUAACUCCGCAAAGCUUGGAAAUGGCGGAUCUCCACAUUGUUGGACUUUUUUCAGUACUGCUGCAUAUGGAAAACAGAACAAAGUUCCUCAGGAAAACAUCCCAACGGUCACGGCAGACAAAGUUAGAGCUGGUAUGCUUCAAGGUGUGGAAAUGGCAUUGGGCUUGCCUGAAGGCUCGCUUCCUAAGCCGGUUUAUACCCGCUUCCAGCUAUGGGGAGCAGCUCUGCCGAAGAACACUCCUGCAGUGCCAUGUAUAUUUGAUCCACAAGGCCGUGCUGGUAUAUGUGGUGACUGGCUUCUCGGUUCUAACCUAGAAUCCGCAGCUUUAAGCGGGGCAGCCUUAGGAAACCAUAUUGCGGAAUUCCUGCAGAAUGGUGAAGCUAGUCCUGAAGAAUUUGCUAUCGGUUUACAUGAUAGGUUAAGUCCCCUUGCUGGGCAUGAUAUUGGACAGUUUCCUGGUCUAACAUCAGUGGGAGAAAAGGAAGAAGCGAAUGCAUAUCAACUUCUGUGAAUACGUAAGUCUACUUUCACUUGAUCAAGAAGCAAGAGACAUUGAUGCAAAGAAGUUUUGGAAAGCUUAUGGUGUCUUCAGCUUUCCACUUGCCUUCUUCAGCCUUCUUCUGUGGUGGCAAAACCAUGACCGGUUUGAGAUGCUCUAUGAAAAAAUUCAAAAGAAAGCAGCUGAAUUAGUCUAGUUUUAUGAAAGUUUUGUUUAGGCUCUGCAAAAAUCAAUGGAGAUAGCAAAAGUGUAUACAACUGUAUGACAGUCUUUACUCUUUAGUGUUGUCAUAAGGAUUUCCAUCAUCCUCAUCUUCCUCCUUCUCCUACUAAAGGAAUAUGCAUAAAUGGGGUUCUUUA